CUCCUGAAAGAAUCGAGAUGAGUUGGAAUACGUCAGCGCAUGAGCAGAAUCUGUUGUCACGCCCACCAAGAAAAGUUGAAAAAACCUGAACUCUUAUAAAAAGUCUUACAUUAAAUCCAGACUCGUUCAUAAUACGUUUGCCAUCGCAAAUUGUGGACCUAUCCUGGUGAAUUAAACAAAUUUCUAUAAGCAAAGUGACGGUAGAAACAAAUGAAUGGCCAAACGCCUUUAAACCAAACCUGAAAAAGCUUUGACAGAAACAAAAAAUUCGUGCGAAAUAUUGCGUGUGGGGUACUCGCGCGUUGUCCCCGAUCACAACUUGUAAACAAUAAGUCGUCUGCGGUCUUUGCUUCUGUAUUUGUGGGAUUAUUCGUCAAUUUCGACAAGAAAUGAGCUCACCAAACUCAAGUCGAGAUGAAAGUCACAGUAAGGACACAAGUAUAUGGCUUGAUGCUCAUCAUGAUCCAGUAUCAUCCCUUAAUACCUUUACAUCUUGUUUGUCCCUUGCUGACCUUCAUGCUGAUGGUGAUUACAAGCUUUUGGUUGCAGAUUUAGGAAACUGGUCAAAUGAAAUGAAACUUAAAGUAUUCAAAGGGACCUGUUUGAUGGUAGAGAGUGCAAUAAUUGAUCUUCCCACUGGUCUGGUUACCUUUUACAUGGAUACAAACGACCCUCGUACACCAGCGGUUGCCGUGGCAUCUGGCCCAUUUAUUUAUGUCUACAAAAACCUGCGUCCAUACUUCAAGUUCACUCUACCACCUUUGGAUGUGAAUCCAAUAGAACAAGAUCUUUGGCAUCAAGUUUGUGAUAAGAAAAUUGAUGUGAAAGUAUUAAGGGAAAUGUUGGAAAGUCUUCAAAAAGAAGGAAGUGAGGGUUCUCUAACCGUACGUUCAUUGAAGUUCUUACAAUUAGAUGAAGAUGAGCUUGAGGCAUUUGCACAACUACAUAAAGCUGUACCUUUAAAACGUCAAACUGUUAUCACAUGCAUAACAACAAUAAAAAAGAGUCUGCCUGACGAUGAUGCUAUAAGUUGUCUUGUUGUUGGUACAGAAAGUCAUGAGAUAUACAUCCUUGAUCCAGAGGCUUUUACUGUACUCUCAAAGAUGUCUGUAGCUAGUGUGCCUGUGUUUAUAUCAGUGUCAGGUCUUUAUGAUGUUGAGUUUCGUCUUGCUAUCGCAUGUCGUGAUGGUAACAUUUAUAUUCUAAAGAAAGGAGGAAGGUCAUUGCGUCAUGUCAUUGAAGUUGCGUCACAGAUAGUCGGCUUGGAAAGAACUGGGAAGACAUUAGUUGUUGGUUGUAUUAAUAACAGUCUUGUGUGUUUUUCUUCAAAAGGACGGAAACUGUGGUGUGUUUAUUUACCACAUAGCAUCACUACAAUGACCAGUCUUAACCAUAAAGCCAAAGGUUUUAAGGCUGUACUUGUUGGGUUAAAGAAUUGUGAAGUUCGUUUGUACAAGGAGAAAUUCUUAAUCAGCACUCUCCAGGUUGACAGUCCUGUGACAGCAAUGCAGUAUGGAAGAUUUGGUCGUGAAGAUAGUUCAUUGAUAGUUGUGACACUUAAAGGAGGAAUUUAUGUGAAGAUUUUGAAGCGUACUGCUUCAUUUGAAGAGAAAGAUAUCAUAUCUGGUCCACCACCAGCACAAUCAGUAAAACUCAACAUUCCUAAGAAGACAAAGUUGUUCGUCGAUCAAUCGUUACGUGAACGUGAAAACAGUAUUAAUAUGCAUCAGAUAUUCCAACGAGAUAUCUGUUUGCUUCGUUUGAGGGUGGCCAGAGCCUAUGUCAGUGCAUUGGAGAAAAGCCUUAACCCUGUGUCAAGUGGUGCUGAAUCUAUUAAAGUGUCUGCGCAUGUGCAAGGAUUUGGUCCAGCUUUCAAACUCACUAUAAAACUACAGAACACGUCUUUCAACUCACCGUCCACUGAUCUGUUUAUAAGCUUUCACUACCCGGAGAGCUUAUACAACCUUAGUAAAUCGUGUAUCCCUGUACCUCUACUUAUCCCAGGCAUUGAGUACAUAUUUGAGACGUUUGUUGAGUGUAUUAGUGACAAAGGGAUAGCAGAUAUCAUAAAGGUGUUCGUCUUACACAAAGGAAACAGCGUUCCUAUCAUUACUGCUGUCAUUAAUAUGCCCGUCAGCGAAGCACUUGUCACAGUCUAGCCUUGAAAAUAAACCGACAUAUGCAGAACUUUGAGUUAAGUUCCAAACUUUUAAAAAUCUUUUUUCUUUUAAAAAUAUGGAUGGAUUGUUUUAUGCAAAGAAGCAAAAACACUUUUAAAUGUGAGAACAGGAUUAUCAACCAUGAAACUUUGAUACGUUUACUUCAUUACUCCAUUACACCACAUUUUAAAUUUAUUCAUGUAUCAUUAGGAAUAAAUACAUUGUCCUUUCUCAAGAAAAA